AUGUGGAGAGGUAUGCUGACCUUGAGAAAUGAUCUGAAAAAGAUUAUUGAUUAUAAAUUAGGGGAUGAAACCAGUGUUAAUUUCUGGAAUGACCCUUGGGUUCAUGGUUGUUCUUUGUUUGAGAAAUUUCCCAGAGUCAAGAAGAGGGAUGUUGCUGUUAGGAAGAAUGCCAAGUUUUCUGAUCUUUGGAGAAACAAUUGGAUCCUUCUUGAUCCCAUUGAUGCAGAAACAGAGGAAGCUUGGAGUUUUAUCAGAAGUAAUUUUAAGUUGUCCAAUGAUAGAGAUAGCAUUAACUGGAAGGUAGUUCAUAACAAUAGAUUCUUUAUAUCCAAUACUAGAGGCAUUUAUAGAGAGCAGCAUGAAGAAGUAGCUUGGCAUAAAAUGGUUUGGGGCAAGAACUCAGUCCCUAUACACAAUUUUAUUCUAUGGAUUAUCAUGAAGAACAAACUCAGAAUAAAGGAUAGACUUAAGAAAUGGGGGAUUUUGAUGAAGGCCUUUGUGUGUUGUGCAUGUAAUAUCACGUGUUUUCGAUCACGUUUCGAGUUAUUUUUGGGCUCGUUUUCUUAUGGUUCGGGUUCAUUUUGGUGUGCUGCCAUGGCUUGCUUUGAGUGUCCAUUCUUGUUGGUUUCUGUGAUUCAUUGCUUGAAACGAGUCGAACGUGGCGACCUUCACUGUCGUUUACAGCCACAGUUUUCUUGCUCUUAUUCAUUGUUUAUGUGCAACACUGAUACUGAAACUAGAGAUCACAUCUGCUAUGAGUUUCCUGUUUCUAGAAUCAUUUGGAGUAAAAUCCUUAAAAUCUACAACUGUCCUAACAUCAGUAAAACUGUUAAAGUUGCUUUGAGAAGAAAUUUAUUGACAGCAAUUGUUUAUAGUAUCUGGAAAGCUCGCAACAAGAAAUUUUUUAAUAAUGAAGCUCUUAAUGUCAACGUCAUUAUUAAAAGGAUCAAAAUGGCUAUCCUGUGUGUGUGCACAGAUUAA